CCCUUCACCACAAAAAUUUCCCACUCUUUUUCUCUGGAAAAACUCUGUGAAGGAAGCGCAUUACGAUUUUGCAGGAUCAUUAAAUAUAUACACUAUUGUCGGGUGAUAUUUGGUUGAAAAAUGGGCAAGAGGAAGUCAAGAGCAAAGCCAGCACCAAAGAAGAGAAUGGACAAACUUGACAGUGUCUUCAGUUGUCCUUUUUGCAAUCAUGGAAGCAGUGUAGAAUGUCGCAUUGAUAUGAAGAACUUAAUUGGUAAGGCCAUAUGCAGGAUUUGCCAGGAAAGCUUUAGUACCACUGUGACAGCUUUGACUGAGCCUAUAGACAUAUAUAGCGAAUGGAUAGAUGAAUGUGAACGUGUCAAUAACCUCGAAGAUUAUGGAGACUAGAUAGCCAUUUCAAGGGAGGAUUCCAAAAACAAGCUUAUCUCACAUCCAAAUAGGAACCACCUUAUGAUGAAAGCUACCUCGAGGCUAAAUGUAGUUAGUUGUUCCUCCUGGAAUUUGUAAAAUAUGUUAUGAAGUAGUAGUACCUUAUAUUAAUGGAAACUUUGCAGAGACUUUUUUUGACUUGUGAACUGAAAAGCAUUGAAAUUUGUUGUGAAUGUGAAUGGGGUCAAAUUCAUCAUC